AUGUCCUUUGGGGAAUAUGACAGGGUUGGUCCUCUAAACCCUCUGAGAAAAUGGGUUUCCAGUCAGGAUGUUGGCCUGCCGCCUUUCCUGGAGACUGGGGAUUCUCGUUGGAUCAAGAAGGGCUUGGCAGCCUGGCCCUGGCCGGGUUGCUUACCAGCGCCUCUGUUUGUGCCCUACAUCUCUGAGCCGAUGCCUCAUUCCGGUCAGAAGGUGAGCAAGUGGAGGGUCAGCAUGGAUGUGUCUCACUUUUCCCCCUCGGAGAUCUCUGUCAGUGUCAGGGAUGGAUUCCUGGAAGUUGGAGGGAAACACGAGGAGAGGCCUGACGAGCAUGGAUUGAUCUCCAGAUGUUUUACAAGAAAAUACAGGCUUCCAGCUCAAGUGAACGUUACCAAACUUGAGUCUUCACUCUCCGUUGAUGGUUUCCUGACUGUAGAAGCUCCACUUCCUGAAGCCUCAGCUCCUGCUGCCAUCAUCAUCCCAAUAAAGGUGGAGGCUGAGGGCGAUGGAGAACCAGAAAUAAAACAAGAUCAGGAGGAAGAGUCUCAAUUUGAGGCCUGCAGUGAUCAGGUCCAGCCCAGCAGCACCGCAGCUGGCCUGGAGCAGGGAGACAAGGAAACCAGAGAAAAGCCAGCUGGACAGUCCCGUUCUUCACUGGCUGAGGAAGAUAAAUGCUUAGAAAGCAUCCAAAAGUCUUCUGAGCACCACAAAGUCCCAGAAAGCCAAGAAAGCCUGGGUGCAUCCAACCUACUGGAAAACAAAGAGCCAGUUGUGGAUGAAGAGAUCCAGGUGAAGGCGGAGGGAGCUGUGGAGCUUGCUCCGCGUGAGGAGCAGGAGCUGGGAUCAGCUCCACUGAGUGACGUCCAAACCCAGGAGCUGGAGGCUGCUAACAUAGAGCAACAGCACACCGACUAAACACAAGAGUAUUAGCCUGCAUUGCCUGCCUUAAACCUGCUCCACUGAUGCCUUUUUGUCAUUAGCUGUAGCGCCAUUAAAGCCUGCUGUGUUUGGAGCUCUAAUAAAGAAGCAAUUUAAUG